AUGUCGGAUAGCUCUCUACCAAUUAUAAUACCCGCAUCGAAUCUACAAUGGAUGGUUCUAUCCUGGAUGAGGCCUGAGGUCCGAAGUGUACCGUCUAUAUCUCUUGACGCGUUUCAGCGCUCCGUCCUUCCCAAGGUCAUCAGCUCCACACAGAUUGACGACAUUACCACUCUUUUACAAGCCAACGGACAUCUUCAACCGAGCGGACGGUGGACUCUGUUCCCUAUCGACCCUUGCAUGGAGGCGAAAGAGAAUACGUGUUUUAAAACUAUCGCUGCGGCUAUUGUCAAAGAGGCAAAAGUUUUGCUGGACCACAACCCGACUGCGGUAAUGCAGACCCGGCCAACGCAAGCCGCACUUUCUGAAGGUCACAACGGCCAGUUCAUAUCUGAUGGCCACUACGCGUUGUGUGAGUCCAAGGGUGCCCGCGUUGCUGCAUUGGCAUGCGACCGUGCUGAGAUUGAGGAAUACAAACUCAAGGACACUUGGGAAGACGAAAACGAUGUAGGCGACGUGUCACUGUUCGAUGACUGGCCAAAGCUGACGACUACGUACGAUGUGCAGAAUAACAAGAAAAUUCUUGGGAAUGCGGCCCAGAUGAUGUAUGCUGAUCCUUGCCGACGGUUCAUGUUUGGAAUGACGAUCGCGAAUACUACGACCCGGCUUUGGUUCUUCUCAAGAGCUAUGGUACUCGGGUCACAACCCUUUAAUUUUGUUUUGGAGUAUCAUCACUUGAUAAACUACGUUGUAUCGAUGUCGUUUGUCAGCACGGAACAACUAGGCUACGAUUUCACAAUCACGAGAGUAGCAGUCCCGCUCAAAGCCAGUCCAGCUCGUUAUCGGAUUCAGUAUGAUUAUCUCAUCGACGGGGAGACGUACCGGACAGUUGAAUGCCUGAGCUCUUUUCGAGCAUCGCGUAUCUUAUCUCGUGCGACUAGAGUGUGGACUGUUCGAAAACUCGGGGAUCGGAAGAAGCAGCAGGAAUCUAAUGAUCCUGAGGCGAAGAAGGAUCCCUCGGUCUAUAAACAGUACUUCAUGGAAAUCAAGGCAUGCGAGGUGGUGACUCGCAUCGACAAAACGGAAGAUGCCAUACCACCUCUAUCGGACCCAUACCGAAUGUAUGAUGUCAAACGUCAGCUGAGCUCUUCUGCGGCAUCGAAACGAUCGACAUCGAGUCUCUCAAAUACUGCCGACUCCGUAGGAGGCCAUUUAUCUGGUCGAAUUCAAAAACAUCAUCCACAGCGGGAGUAUACUGGAUGUAAACACGUUCGGGUUCUGUUCGCCGAAGUUGGUAAUCCCCUCGAUAAGGGUUGGGAUAUCUAUACAUCGCUUCCUACGUUCACAGAGACAUAUCGUCAGGGAAUAUUUUACUUUGUUCAGGCAACAGAGGAAAGAUAUCUGGAAUAUUCCAAGGAGUUUCUAUCUGAAGGUCCAAAAAGUGAUCCCAAAACAGGAACACCCAUUUUCAUGGCCGUGGAAGUUCAGGAUACACAGUAUCUCUUCAAAAAAAUGCAAGGAUCCGACUAUGCCACAGUGUUCUCGCGAGUGGAGUCGUUCUCGGCGCAACGAGUUGUCGUGGCGCCGGGGCCACCUCGCCCUCGGACACCUUUCCUUCAUAAUUUCUAUCAUGACGUGGAGUCGCUUUGGUGGAUAGGUAUUCAUUCGUUCUUUACCACAGAGCCUCUGGCGAUCGAAAGGGAUCAAGACACCCAGCAGCUACAGAGGGAAAGCUUCAAUGUCUUAUUCGCGCAUUAUGCCGAGGGGUCUAGGGCACGCUUUACCUUUCUUAAAGAACCGGAAGAAUAUGCUGCUUUUACCUCGUGUCUUCCAGACGAAUUUCGGCCUGUAGCAGAGGAACUCGAAUUCCUUCGCCAACUCCUCUACACAGCCUACAUAUCUGCGGAGGAUCAGGAACACUUUCCCAAAUACGAACACUUUCCCGAUCCGUUCAAAGAACGACAUUUCGAACGAAUCCUGGAGAAGGCAAUUAUGGAAGCUAUCACGGACAUUCAACUCUUUCAACUGGAAGACCAGCCCGCACAUGAAGGCGUUGAGGAUGAUGAGGUCGAAUGGGCACUCGAUGGUCUCAAAGAAGAGAACUAUGCCGACUAUGACCCUCCUGAAAACAAUGUCGACAAUUCUGGUGAAUAUGUCCCUCCAAGGGGUACCGCAACUAAGAAGUCUAUUGAUGAGAUUGAUAAAGACGAGGGUUCGAAUGAGGAGCGCGCAUCGAAGGUUCGGCGGACAGGAGAGAACAGUGAUGUUGCUGCUUCUCAGACUGGUACCAGGUGA